CAAUUUUUAAGAAAUGAUCAUCUUGGGAAAAUGUUUUAAAAUCUUUUAAAAUAUUUUUGUUAUACUUGAAAUUAAAACUGCCUUCAGUUGCCUGUUGGUAAAUAAGGUCUGGAUAUCAGUACAUAACAACAUGUACUGAUGAACUGAAUUGUGAAUUAGGAAUGAAAAUUGUCUAGAAUUUUUUUUAUGGGUUCUUAGGAUUAAAGUAAGAAUUUCCUUUGCUGGCUUGUGUAGGCACUGAGAUUCUGUGGUUGUUGGAGGGGUUAAAUUUGGAUAUACUAGUGCAUAUAUAUUACAGAGGAUUCAUAAAAACACGACAGUGGAGCCUGGGUCAAUCCAUUACCAUGUACAAGCAGUAACCAAUAGAAAAGGAAGAAGAAGAUCCAAGAAGGCUGAGGUAAGCAGUCUUCUGAAGCCCUGUCAAAGUGGAAACAAUAGAUCAAAGGUGUUCAUGGUGAAUGGUACGAGUAGGUUUCACUGUUUCUCACAGCAGGCUUGACAGCUUAAAGUAAAACAAAUUAUUUUCGUGAAAGAUUUUUUUUUAAUUUUAGCAAACUUCAGACUCAGACACAGGACUCAACGGUGUAUUCCUGGAAGGCAAGGUGCUAUAAUGGCAGGCACAAUCUGUUUCAUCUUGUGGGUGUUAUUCAUAACAGACACUGUGUGGACUAGAAGUGUGAGGCAGGUCUAUGAAGUACAUGACUCAGAUGAUUGGACUAUUCAUGACUUCGAGUGUCCCGUGGAAUGUUUCUGCCCACCCAGUUUUCCUACUGCUUUAUAUUGUGAAAAUAGAGGCCUCAAAGAAAUCCCUGCUAUUCCUUCAAGAAUUUGGUAUCUUUAUCUUCAAAACAACCUGAUAGAAACCAUUCCUGAAAAGCCAUUUGAGAAUGCCACCCAGUUAAGAUGGAUAAAUCUAAACAAGAACAAAAUAACCAACUAUGGAAUUGAAAAAGGAGCCCUAAGCCAGCUGAAGAAGUUGCUCUUCUUAUUUCUGGAAGAUAAUGAGCUAGAGGAGGUACCUUCUCCAUUGCCAAGAAGUUUAGAACAAUUACAAUUAGCUAGAAAUAAGGUGUCCAGAAUUCCUCAAGGGACCUUUAGCAAUCUGGAGAACCUGACCCUUCUUGACCUGCAGAACAAUAAAUUAGUGGACAAUGCCUUUCAAAGAGACACUUUUAAAGGACUCAAGAACCUCAUGCAGCUAAACAUGGCCAAGAAUGCCCUGAGGAAUAUGCCUCCAAGAUUACCAGCCAAUACAAUGCAAUUGUUUUUAGACAACAAUUCCAUUGAAGGAAUACCAGAAAAUUAUUUUAAUGUGAUUCCUAAAGUGGCCUUUUUGAGACUAAAUCACAACAAAUUAUCAGAUGAGGGUCUCCCAUCAAGAGGAUUUGAUGUAUCAUCAAUUCUAGAUCUUCAACUGUCACACAAUCAACUCACAAAGGUUCCCCGAAUCAGUGCUCAUCUUCAGCACCUUCACCUUGAUCAUAACAAAAUUAAAAGUGUGAAUGUCUCUGUAAUAUGUCCCAGCCCAUCCACACUGCCUGCAGAACGAGAUUCCUUCAGUUAUGGACCUCAUCUUCGCUACCUCCGUCUGGAUGGAAAUGAAAUCAAACCACCAGUCCCAAUGGCUUUAAUGACCUGCUUCAGACUUCUGCAGGCUGUCAUUAUUUAAACACAUUCUCACCAAAUCUAAAAUUAGUUUAAUGAGUUAAUGUUUCUGACAUGAAAUAUGGUUACCAUUAAUAGGCUUAGGACACAAGUCAUAUUCCCCAUUGCUCUUGGCCACCAUUUUCAUUUGUGCAGUGUAUUUUUUUCUAUUCAAAGAUGCUUUUGCCAGUUACAUGCAGCACAACCUGCAUUAAUUUGCUUUUCUUUUAAUUAAUAAAACAGACACAGAGUUAAGAUAGUUUAUCAACUCAAAGAUAGUUGUAUUUUGGUCUCUUCCAUAGCUUAUCAACACUAAAUAACACAAUUAUAUUCUUAUAUAAUAAAAAGGACAUAUUUGUGUAUGUUUAAAAUUACUUAUGCAGAUACCAUAAUUUACAGUAUAAAUGUAAUAAUCAAACAGGAGGAGAAUGACCUGAAGAAAAUGAGAAAAUAAGGUAUUCCUUAAUUGUAAUCAUAAUAAAAUAACUGCAGAUUGCUCAGUAACUUUUGGCGGUACAAGUUUGAUAUUUAGCUUGAGGAUGGAUAUGGAAUGACUCAAAUACUUAAUUACUAAAUAAUUCUUGUUAUUUAAUAUCAAAUAAUGAAACAGCAGUCAUUUCUAGUUCAUUACCAUUUCUUGUAGCUGUUGUUUUUAGACAUAGUCCACUGUAUUCUUAUAAGUUCUAAAUUCUAUGUUUAUUAUAAUGCAUUUCUUGUGGAAUCUUAGUGUUUUAACAUUUGAAAUCCAUUUAAAUUGCAAAUUGUUCUUCAUAUUUCAUUGUGGUUUUUGGAUUUUCUAAAUAAAAAUAUUGAGUGCUUUCUAACAAAACAGAAAAUUUCAAAGACAGCAAGCUUAACUGAAGACCAUGUUUUAAUAAAAA